AUGGUUCCCACCUACAAAGGUAAGCCACAGUCGAACGCAAUACUGUCGUCAUUGAUGAUCAAGUUCUCGCGAUCGCGUUUGCUGUGCUUGGCGUGUACGGGCACGAUCGUUUUGGCACUGGGAGUCCACCGACUCGCUUCGGUCAACAUGGAGCGGGCCGAAGCGGUAUUUGUCAAGGCACCGAUCAACGACAUUGCUCGUGAGUGUCCGGCUACCGGUUACCCCGUCCUCGGAGACAAGGGUAAACUCAAGAUUUGUCUCACCACCCUUACGGACGCCAAAGCUGGGUCGGCUUGGCAAAAAAUGCUGCGGUGGCGCAACUUCGACAGUCUGUUAGAUAUGACCUGGCCUAACAAACAAACGUACGUUGAAAAGCACGGGUAUCAUCUCUACGACGAAAGCCAGAGCUUGGAUCGGAAUCGCCCACCGUCGUGGAGUAAAAUACGGGCUGCCCAACGGUUACUGAAGGAAGAGCGCUGCGAUUGGGUGUUUUGGCUAGACGCCGAUACGGUAGUUAUGAAUUCAUCCAAACGAGUCGAAGAUUUCUUGCCCUUGGAAGAAGGUAAAGAUUUGAUUAUUACGAGUCAAAAAGGUGGCAGCUACAAUGCCGGCGCAUGGCUGAUCAAGAACACGCCGUGGUCACUCGAAUUCCUGGAUCACUGGUGGAACAUGAAGGAUUUCGUCAAACCAAUGGGUAUGGCUGUUUCGGGUGACAACGAUGCGCUCAAGGCUUACCUACUAGGUAUGGAAAAGGAGUACUUCGACGCCCACAUUGUGGUUCCACCACGUUGUACCUUCAACUCGGUUGCCAAGUUUUUGUCGCCCGCUGAGGUAGCACAAUAUGAGGGAGAUAUCAAGGAGGCGCCAUUUUAUAAAGAUUUGCAGAGCUAUCAUAAGGGCGACUUUAUUGCACACAUUGCUGGGAAAAACAACAAGAUUGACACUACCGCAAUGAUACUAAAGGAUGCCAUAUGA